AGCAAGCUAACAAAGGAACAGCCAAUCAGAGCUCAAAUCAGAGGGGAGACAGAGAAACGUGCACACAACCACUGAUAAGAUCCUCCCCGGGACGAGCGCAGGAGAGGGAAGAAAUGCAAGAUCAGACGGCCACAACGACGAGCUCGCCGCCUUCCAGCAGCGACAGGUCGUCCAGCAGCUCCAAGGAAGGGAUGGACAGCGACGACGACAUAGGGAGGGUGCCGGAGUUCGGGCUGUACCAGGGAGGCCCGUCGACCUCGGGAAGGGGGCAGGCGGCGGCCGGGGCUUCGUCGGAGCUCGCGCAGUCGGCGGCCGCUGCGCAGGCCAUUUCCCGCCGCCGCGGCCGUAGCCCGGCCGACAAGGAGCACCGGCGACUCAAAAGAUUGUUGAGGAACCGGGUGUCGGCGCAACAGGCACGGGAGAGGAAGAAGGCGUACAUGGGCGAGCUGGAGGCGAAGGUGAAGGACUUGGAGACAAGAAACUCAGAGCUCGAGGAGAGGCUCUCCACGCUGCAGAACGAGAACCAAAUGCUUAGACAGAUACUGAAAAACACCACCGGUAACAGGAGAGGACCGGGUGGCAGUGGCGGUGCCGGCGGGGAUAGCUAGAGCCAAUAGUACCGCCGUGCCCGUGUGACGUCUGAGUGCUACGUACGUACUUAAUUGUGAAAUGUAAUAAGGAAGUUGCUGAAAUGGUGACAGUUCCUGUGAUUAGCUUAGUGUGUUGUUUAAUUAGAUGGACAUAAUUAAAGCGCCUAAAAGAUAUACUACGCCUAUGCAAUAUACUAUGCAUUUUAGACUGAAAUUGCUUAGUCUUAAAUGAGCGAGGGGAGCCGGCCGGCACCAUAUAAUGUACUGUGAAGGACCGGUCCCUGCCGCAUGUACACACGUCAGACUUGUAUGUAUUGAUGAAGGUUGAGUAUUGUA